AUGUUUCCAGACAGUGCAAUUGCAAAGAAAUUUUCUUUGUCUGAGAGAAAAUGUUCCUACCUGGUUUCAUUUGGUCUAGCCCCAUAUUUCACUUCGUUACUGGAAGCUAAAUUGUUCAAGAGAAAUUUUGUCCUCCUGUUUGAUGAAAGUAUGAACAAAUCAUUUCAGCUGAAACAAAUGGAUUUCCAUGUCAGAUUUUGGGAUGCUGAUUUACUGAAUGUUGGCAGCUGUGGGUUACACAAAGUUCAUGAUGCUUGUAAAACAGCCAUGGUUGCAGCAGGCUGGGGAUUGGAGAAAGUGCUUAAAUCCAUGUAUAGAUUACUUGAAGACACUCCAGCCAGGCAUGAGGAUUAUUUCAAAACGUCUCAGUGUACACAAGCACCUUUGAAGUUUUGUGCCCAUAGAUGGCUUGAAAAUUCUAAAGUAGCACAGGGAGCUUUUGACAUAUUGCCGCAUUUUAAGAAGUUCUGUGACUCUGCAGCAAAAAAGGAAAUAACACAGCCACAAACAGAAUCUUUUGAAACUGUUAGAACAGCAGUCAACAACGACAUGUUUUUAUCUUCUAAGUUGGCAUUUUUUGUUUCUUUUAGUAAGCAGCUUGAGCCUUUCCUUCGGAAGUAUCAGACUGAUAAUCCAAUGGUUCCUUUCCUGUUUACAGAUUUACAUAAUCUUACCUUUGCUGUUUUAAGGCGAUUUGUAAAGAAGGAAAUUAUUGCUAAUCUUUCCAGUACAAGUGAUAUUUUGAAUUUUAGUGUGAAUGACCCCCAGAAUCAUGUCACUGGUCAUGCAGUAGAUAUUGGUUUUGUGGCAGAUUCAGUAAUUAAGGAUUUGAAGAGAGAGAGAAAAGUAACUGAUCUUCAAAUUCUGAAUUUCAAGAAUGAUUGUAAAUUAAUAAUGGUAGCAUUUAUGGAGAAAUUUUUGGCCAAAUCUCCACUGCAGUAUUUAUUAGUGAAGAUUUGGCCUGUCUUGAUCCAAGCAUAA